AUGGCUCCCAAUGACGGGCCCUCGCGCAUGCAUGGCCUUCACGGCAAGAAGCUCAUCUACUUCACCUCGGUCUUUGUCUCGCUAGGUGUCUUUCUCUUUGGUUAUGAUCAGGGUGUCAUGAGUGGAAUCAUCACCGGCAUGUACUUCAAGGGCUACUUCAACCAGCCGACAAGAGCAGAGAUUGGUACAAUGGUUGCCAUUCUCGAGGUUGGAGCCUUCAUAUCUUCCCUGGGUGUAGGCCGCAUUGGUGACAUUCUCGGUCGUCGGCGCACCAUCCUCUACGGCGCCGUCAUUUUUGUCAUUGGCGGUGCUUUCCAGACUUUUGCUACUGGCAUGCCCAUGAUGAUGCUCGGUCGUAUCAUUGCCGGUCUGGGUGUUGGUGCGCUCUCGACCAUUGUGCCCGUGUAUCAGUCCGAGAUCUCACCCNCUCAUAACCGCGGAAAGCUUGCUUGUAUCGAGUUCUCGGGCAAUAUCGUUGGUUAUGCCUCCAGUGUCUGGGUCGACUACUUCUGCUCGUACAUCCAAAACGACUGGAGUUGGAGACUUCCCCUGUUCAUGCAGUGUGUCAUGGGCUCGUUGCUCAUUCUUGGCUCUCUCUUGAUCUGCGAAUCUCCAAGGUAUGUCUCGUUUGUUGUGCCGUUUAGGUUUGACGCUGACAAGGUCAUGUNNAGAUGGCUGCUGGACAACGACCACGAUGAGGAGGGCAUCGUAGUCAUUGCUAAUCUCUACGGCAAGGGUGACAUCCACAACCAAAAAGCGCGUGACGAGUACCGCGAGAUCAAGAUGAACGUGUUGCUGCAGCGUCAAGAGGGUGAGCGCAGCUACAAGGACAUGUUCAAGCGCUACUACAAGCGUGUCUUUAUUGCCAUGUCUGCCCAGGCUCUCGCUCAACUCAACGGCAUCAACGUCAUUUCCUACUAUGCUCCUCUGGUCUUUGAGCAAGCUGGAUGGGUCGGCCGUGAUGCCAUUCUCAUGACCGGUAUCAACGGUCUCACCUACCUGCUUUCCACCAUACCACCGUGGUAUCUUGUUGACCGCCUCGGCCGUCGUCCAAUCCUGAUGUGGGGUGCUGUUGCCAUGAUCGUCUCGCUCUCGGCCAUCUCAUACUUCAUCUAUAUCGAUAUUCACCUGACUCCGCGUAUGGUCGUCAUAUUCGUCGUGCUCUACAACGCAGCAUUUGGCGCCUCAUGGGGACCGAUACCUUGGCUAUAUCCUCCCGAGAUUCUCCCUCUAAGCAUCCGCGCAAAGGGAGCUUCUCUGUCCACUGCAUCGAACUGGGCGUUCAACUGGCUCGUUGGAGAACUGACUCCGAUCCUUCAGGAUCUCAUCCAGUGGCGACUGUACUUGAUGCACGCAUUCUUCUGCGCUGUCUCGCUCGUUGUGGUUUAUUUCUGCUUCCCAGAAACGUAUUGCUACCUUUUCUAUUGCAUCUAG